AUGACCCUGCGCUCCGCCGAGUCCCUGGAGAGCGCGGAGAGCUCCGGGGAGCGCUGGGGGCGCCCCGGGGCGGCGGCGCCCGUUGCCGAGGAGUGCCGUGAGGCGGAGCAGCUGGCCGCGGCUAUGGAGGAGCUGCGGCGGGCAGGAUGGUACUGGGGCAACAUGACUGUUGCUGAAGCCAAAGAAAGGUUACAGGAUGCCCCCGAAGGGACCUUUUUGGUUAGGGAUAGUUCGCACUCAGAGUAUCUACUAACUAUAUCAGUAAAAACGUCAGCGGGACCGACCAAUCUACGUAUAGAAUAUCAAGAUGGCAAGUUUAGACUGGACUCUAUCACUUGUGUCAGAUCUAGACUUAAGCAGUUCAACAGCGUUGUGCAUUUGAUUGAGUACUAUGUUCUCAUGUGCAAGGAUAGAACUGAAACACCUUCAAAUGGAACAGUUCAUCUUUACUUGAACAAACCCCUCUAUACAUCUGCUCCAUCUCUGCAACACCGCUGCAGAAUAGCUAUAAACAAGAGCACAAAUCAGAUCUGGGAGCUGCCAUUACCAACAAGACUAAAAGAGUACUUGAAAGAGUAUCAAUACCAGGUAUAAAUAUAUUUUCUAAAUGCCUCUAGCACGGAGUAACUUUUGAAUGCAAUUCUUAAAAUCAGCCAAAGAACUGAGUAACCAGUUGUACAACUCAGCAUGGAAUUCACUAUCAAAACAGUGGCAGUUCUAGGGGAAAGGUUUUUAUUUCAGAUGCUACAAAGGGAGACUUUAUGUAAAAUAAUCCCACUUUGCAUCCUUGGGGGUUCAACAAGGUGGCAUGCUAUUCUUGCAAGAGAGAGAAGUGAGGACUCUAUCCAGAUUGUGUUGCUUUGUCAAUAAAAUGCUGCACUAACUAUCAAAUGCUUUCUGAAGCAGUGGGACCGGGAGAGACUUCAUAAGUGGUCAGAGACAUAUGAGAGUUUACAAGUAUCUCAGUUGUCUGAUUCUAAGAUUAAUUUGGUGCUGGUGUUCAUAUAAUCCUAAAAGCUUAACUAGAUCACACACUGUGAUAAUCUUGCUAAAGUUAUGCAACUAAUCAAAUCCAGUCAGAAAAAUGAUCAUGUAUUCAGUUUUUAUUGAACUACUCUCCUGCUUUUCUGCAAGCAAAGGAGUACUGUAAGUAAUCAGUCUAGAACAUUGUUUUUCAAAGUUCUCUAAAAGCUGACCUUAAGAAGAAAUGCCACAUCUUUCACAGGAACCCAGUAUAUUGCUGAUUAUACCAGAUUGGUAUCCCAGAAUCCUUAAUGUGUUAACAUCUUCACAGCGGUGAUGUCUCCAUGCUAUUAUUAUUAAGCCUCUUUUGGCUGAGGCUUUAGAACUAUAUACUUCAGACUUGCAGUUCCAAUGUCAAAACAUGGGUAUCAGCAGUUACGUGUGUCUUCUACAGUGUAGAAUGUUUUCUUCAGCCUGUUUCCCAAAAUAUGGGGAAAUACGAUGUGGAUUUUUUUUAUAAAGGGGUUGGUUUUCCUUUUUCUUCUUUUUUUUUCUUUAAUUUUCUUUUUGUUAUUUUAUUUUAUUUUAUUUUAUUUUAUUUUAUUUUAUUUUAUUUUAUUUUAUUUUAUUUCUAAACUUCCAAUUCACCAUUGUAGCUAUCAGAUGAUUACUCAAUAAAGUAAAUCAAAGCGCACAACAAUCUCCCAAUUUUUUAUGUAUGGAUUUCUACCAUUCAGGAAAGAGUGCUCUUAUAUAGGAACUUAUAUAAUUUCCCAGCUAAUACUCAGAUAAAUGCACAUGUAUCAGUGAGGAUGAAUAACCCUGCUUUGCCUUUGUGGUGCUGCUCAAAAGUAUAGCUGGAUUACAUUCAGAUUAAUGGCUUAGAGGCUGCCUGCUGAAUUCCUGUAGUUGGGUAUUAGCACAGGACAUUGCUUUUUCUGUUUCAGUAGUCUUCUAAACAGAAAGAGGGACUAAGACCCUCAGUAUCCGUUCUUCAGCCCAAAGGUAAAGUAUUUAAUAGAAGAAACACACAGGAUGAGAAAAAUAGGAAAGCAGUAAGAGAGAAACAAGGACAUAGACUCACCCUUAGUCAACAAAUUAAAAGUUUUAAUUCUUUCCCAAGCUUAUUUGUUGAUUAAAGCCAAGACCUGUGCUUGAACAAGGAGGGUUGUCAAGACUUGCUGUAAUCUAGCUUUGCCCAGGCUGAAAUAGAAACAACAUAAAAUAAUCUUGUUUUCCUUGUGACUUAACUGCUUUGUUGUACUUUCAAGAUGUUCUGUCCUUUCUCAUAAACUCUGGGGCCCUGACCAGCUUAUUUGUUGCAUCUAAACUCCCAGUGUUACACACUCAGUUCUGUAACACACUCUGUCUGUAACAUCCUGGCAGAAAUGAGUAGCAGAGCCAUUGAGAAAUAGAAGGCACCAAGAACAUGAGGCAGAGUGGAUGGUUCCUUGAUAUGACAUAUACUUGAUAUGUUCUUGUUCUUUCCAUGGAAAAGGUGGGUUUCUCCUCUUCCAUGGCUCAAAUUUUCUGUCCCCAUUUUAAACUCAAGCUUUAGUAUAGAAAUAGGAAGAGGUUUUUUCUGAAAAACAAAUAAAAAUAUUUUGUUAUGUAAAAAUUUUCUCCAUGUCUUGCCAAGAUGUAUUUGGAAGUCUUUCACAUUAUAUUGUGGCCACCUUUUGGUUGGCAUGCCCAAAGAGCUCUUGUAUUCUAGGUAUGUGUCAUAACUACAUGGUUCUUGUCAUCAGUCUUGCUAAGAUCUGCCACCCUCAGGCUAAGGAGCUUUUCCUGUGAGCAGAGCCUGUCAAAAAACUGUGUUCCUGGGAACACUUUUCAUUCUGAUGAAUCUUUUCUUACAGUUCUUGCCUAGCUCUCUCCUGUGGUGAGAGAACUGCUGUAUGGAAUACCUUCCAUCACAGUGACAAACCCUCUAAUCUGCUGCUGUGUUAACAUUCUACUUCUGUGCCUUUUCAGCCAGGAUGAUACACUUGGGGUCUCAAUGGUAAACACAUUCUGCUGAGGACCUUUAAAAUAAAUCCCUGGGGGUUUCACAUCAUGAAUACCAGUGCUGGAGCAAGCAGACUGAGAAGAUAAGAGCUUUGGGGUGCAAUGAGACUGCUAUGCUGCAGGUAUAAGAAAUGAUUUGUGGCUUGUUGGUGUGAGAAGUCACAGGCCAAGUGUAGCCCACAGCAGAGCCAAGCUCUGAGGAACAACAAGGGGCAGAUGCAGGGAAGCUUGCUGGGUUUUUAAUAACAGUUCUCCAAAGUACAAGGGCAAUUGGCAGGCUGAGAACAAGGAGUGCUGGCAAAGUGAAAGGUGGUCAUUCUUGUAACUAAUCAAGUUACUGUGAUGUGGAAUCAAGUCACCAAACAUUGAGCAUACCGACCUAGACUUUGUAUCAUUUACAUCAGAUCCUGUGAGGAAAAGUAGGCUCUGUAACUCUAGUGUGUGCUCGAAGCUGUGAACAAUAUUUUAAACAGACUGGAGGGGGAACUAGUCCUCUUUGUAUGAAAGCACAGUUCUUGUCCUCAUUAGGAUGCCAGUCCUAGGGUGAUGCAUUGCACUAGUAAAACUAAACCACAGUUUAGCUUGCAGAAAGCUUGGCUUCUUUCUAAUGCAGCACAGAGGAAUGACUUGUUCUGCUACAAAAAAUCUGAUGAUAGAACAUGAUUAGAUUUCAGCAGUACAAAGAUCUUGCAUGAAGACUUUGUGAGUUUUCAGACAUAAAAUUUUCAGACAUGUUGUUCAAACAUUUAAAAAAUUUUUCAGUGUAUUUUUUUUUCUUUACCCUAUAGUUGUUGCAGCUUGUUUGCAGCACUAGCUUUUAAAUUGAGGGCCUUUCAGAUUAUAAAAAUUACUUCUAACUGAUGUAUAUCAUCUUGAAUUGCUAGUACAGAGUGUGCAGCAAAGCCAGUUUCACAGGUUCAAUGCCCAUGAGUCAAAUCAUGAAAAGGACUUUAAUCCUAUGCCUUUUUUCACCCCAUGUACUGAUUUGGUUUUUCUUUUUUGAGUCUUGGAGUUUUCCAGUUUAUACCUGGAAUGUUAGAAAACCUCUUCACUUUACUUAAAUGAAAUCUGAGAAUCCUACAAUCCUAAAAGGUGAUGCUUAAAAAAACCAACCAAAAUAAACACAAUUGCAAUAUGAAUGAUGAAAAUUGAACUGGUGAUAGUAUUUAGUUUAGCACUAAACCUAGCAGAAUGUGAACUAGGGCAGUAUUUUAGUUGUGUGGGUAUCUUCCUGCUGGCAGUAUCACUUGAGACAGAAAACAGUUUGAGUACAAGAUGAAUGGGUAGAGUGGGAAUGUAACCAAGCAGCUGUGCUCAUUGCAUUAGAAGUAAUCUUAUUUUAAUCUGAUCUUGUCAUUAUUGUCCUAAUUAUAUUUUAUGUAAUCACAUUCUAGAUAAACAGUAUCAAAUUAUUAGCAAGAAGAAAAAAUUGUUCACCAGAAUAUGGAGGGCAAAGGAGUUUUUUUAUAUCUUACAACAAUGAGGAAUUUACUCCUAUAAUGAGACUAAAUCUCAUCACCUUGAGAAAACAGAAUCUACAUCGCACAGGGAGGACAGAGUUCUGUAGUUGUGUGGAUUUUGUACCUUAGCCAACUCUCAUGUUUUAGCAAAAUGUCCCUGCAGGUAAAUUACCUUGUUAAAGAUUGUUUAAAAACCUUUAUUUAUUUAUAUGCUCUUUUCAAUAGUUUUUUCUUGUAUUCUUGAUAACAAUCCUAUUGAUUUUUCCUUUGGCUAUAAUCUUAGACACUAGUGGAAAGUAAGUCAAAUGAUAUCAGGGCUUUGCUCUCCUUAAGCCAAAACACAUAAUGGAAAUAGGAAGAGCUAUCUUUAGACAUUGGUAUCAUGUCUAAGAGUCAUUUAAAUUAAAGUAAAAUAAAAUUUCUGCCAACUUUGCAGUCAUUAAAAUAAUUUUAAGUAUUAUAUUUACUGCUAGAGGAA